AUGGAGAAGAUUGUCCAUGUUUACUCUCGGCGCCGCAGUGACUUUGGUCGUCCCUGUGUUCUGAGCGACCGAGACCCAGAGGUCACUGUGGACAUCGUCCCAGAACCAGGACUCAUAGGAAACUUCAUCCACUGCACACCCAGAGACCAGGCCAGCCAGGCGGGUCAGGACCUGUCCCAGCACCAGGUAACAGCGCCCCCUGCUGGGUGUAGUGACUGUGUUAGUGACAGCGCCCUCUGCUGGGUGUAG